UCCGCCUCGGAGUGUUUUGGUUAGUUCUCUCGUGAAAGAAGCGAUGGAGGUUGUACUGCGGCUAGCCUCUGUCUUCGUCCUCUGGUGUAUCUCCAGCAGCGAGGCCGCAUUCUCGCGCACAAUGCGCUGCCCGUGCGCAGCCUCGCUAGCCACGGAGAACUGGCAGCCGUCUGUCGAAGAAGCCGUCCGUCUCUCGGACGUGGUGCUAAUGGGACGCGUCGUGGAGCUGCGUCCGGGUCUCCGAGGCACCAUGAAUGCUUCCGUGGUCACGGUCUACGCGUACAAGGGCCGCGCCAUCUUUCUGAGUGUCAUAGACAACUGCACGAAUUUUGCGGACGGUUCCGAUCUAAACGUUGUGUCUCUGUUUUUCUUCGCCCGAGAGCCCGGCGGAAAUCUGGCCCUGCGCUGCGUGUCGCCGCUGCAGGAACUACACUCUGCAACUCAGGGACACCUGCCGGCGCUGCUCAACUUCGUCAGGGACACGGGCAAACAAGAAAACAAGAAGAAUGAUAAAUUUGUUCGUCCAACCCCAGACCCCUGUUUGGUCAGUCCCGCCCCAUGUUCCCCCGAGGGCUCGUUUUGCUCCGUCACCAACACUCUCACCGGACACAACUACAAGUGUACAUGUCUCACCGGUUUCCGUGGAGACGGCUAUAAUUGCCAGCUACCAUUUGUGAUUCCGAUAGAGGAGAUCCCAAGCUCCGCCCCCUCUUACCCACCUGUUGCCUGUGGAGGACUUUCCAGCCCCCUGGUGGAUCUCCUUGGCAACGCCGAGAAGUGUAACGAGGGGGACAUACCCGGAAACGGGUGUCCGCCACUUCACUACUGUCACCACGGUCUCUGUUGCCCAGUGACUCCACCCACAACUAUGACUCCGCCCGUACCAUUGCCGUCCUCUGUGGUCCCGCCUACUGCCACACCCACCAUCUCAACAUCUUUGUCUCCCUCCUCUAUCCCUCCCCCUCCCAUCUCUUCUGAUUGUGGAAGUGGUGAAAGUGGUGAUGGUAGUGGAAACUGUGACGACCAGGGAAGUGGCUUCAUAUCUGGGAGUGGCUUAAUUAGUGGGAGUGGCUUCGUUAGUGAUCUCGACGGUGGUGGGAGUGGUCACAUGAUGGAGGGAAGUGGCCCCCCCGAGCCUGAAGUGGGGGGACCGGUGGAGAAGAGCGAAGCCGGAGGAAGUGGGUGGUGGAUGGAGGAAACGGCGGGGCAGUCUGACAAACUGGACACCUUGUUGGACGAUGAGGACAUGGCAUAUGGGCAGGCGAUAAGCAGGAGGAGGAGGAGGAAGAGAGGGACGAAUAGAUGAGAAGCCGAAACACGGCAGUCAUUAUAUCACAUAAUAUUCUUCAAUUUAUCACCUCCCCUCCCUCCCCCUCCCUCCCUCCUUUGUGUCACGCCAUCUCAGGUCACUUGCCACCCAACACUUCUCAUUUCCUUUGUACCAGUGUAUCUCUGACCUCUGAUCGAACAUGCAGUUCACAUAAAGAAUGGUGUCAUAAUUAUGUCACAGUGAAUAUUUGAUCGGA